AUGACGCUCCGCUACGCCCUCUCCCCGGCGGUGACUGGCACCGCAGCGCCAUGCAUCCCCCAAGCCAAAGCCUGGGGCGCAACCUACGCUGCGGGCCAGCAAGCCGCCGGCCCACUCCUGGACCUGUCGCAGGGCGUCCCCGGCGAACCACCUCAUGCUACGGUCCUGGAUGCCCUCUCCAAGGUUGCAGGUAGCCACGGGGCGGCAAAGUACGGCGCGAUCCUGGGCGAGCCCGAUAUGCGUGCGGCGUUGGCUACCCAACUCCGCCAUCAAUACCAACUGAAUGAUGGCCACCUCCAAGCACAGGAUGUCGGGAUCACAACGGGGUGUAAUAUGGCAUUCCUCAUUCUGCUCAUGUGCCUCUGCCCGCCCAACGAAAGCUCCAUCCUCCUCCCUCUCCCAAGCUACUUCAACCACGCCAUGUCCCUCUCACUACAAUCCAUAACUCCAGCGUACCUCCCCUGCGACCCGGCCCACAACUUCUUCCCGUCUCUCGAAGCGGCCCGCGCAAUCCUCACCACGCCCAGCACCAAGAAACCACGCGCAAUCGUCCUCGUAACUCCCAACAACCCCACAGGGUCGACCUACACUCCAGACGUGUUGGCCGAAUGGCUGGCCCUCGCGCGCCAACACAACAUACCUCUCGUGUUGGAUGAGACGUACCGAGACUUUGCGUCUACUGGUGCCCCUCAUGAAUUGUUCAAGGACCCACAGUGGCGCGAGAGCCUCAUCACCUUGGGUUCCUUCUCCAAGGGAUACCGUAUCCCGGGCCACCGUUUGGGAAGUAUCACUGCCCAUCCCGAUUUCUUGCAACAGGUCGCGACGGUUGCAGACUGCAUGCAGAUCUGUCCUCCGAGGGCACCACAGCUCGCCCUCGCACCUCUCCUCCCGUCGCUGACCGAGGAUAUGGUCCGCUAUGCUGCUGCACUGAGGAAGCGCCUCACCGACUUUGGCGCUGCCGUUGCCUGCGUGCCGGGAUGGCGCGUGCUCUCUUCCGGCGGAUUCUACGCUUACGUCGAGUUCCCGGAGGCAUACACCUCCGAGAAAGGACGCAAGGCACUCGCUGCCGCUCUCGGAAAGGAGAUGACGCGCGUCGGCUCGGGCGACGUUGGGCAGGCCCUCGCGACGCGGUGCGGCGUGCUGACCCUCCCGGGGUGCUUCUUUAUGCCGGAGCUUGACGACCCCAUCUGGGCCAGUGUACGUGGCGGAGACGCCAUGCACGAGGAUCGUUGGAUCCGCUUCGCCGUUGCCAAUGUCAGCGAUGACACGAUUGCCGGGCUCGCAGACCGCCUGCGCGCCCUCAACACGGUCAUGGGAAUGUAA